AUGUCCGAAGUAAAAAAUUCUGAGAACUACUUACUGGAAUUUUUUGCAAUUUAUGAUAUUAAAAAAACAACGCCAAUAGAAUAUUUCUGUUGGAAGUAUUCAAAAACUAAGAAAUUAUACAGCCAAACUACCCUUGAUGCGGAAAAAACAGAUUAUAUUACCUUUGUAAAAGAUAAGUUUGGCGAUACCAAAUUAGUCGAUCAUCAUAGAAAGAGUUCGUUUACAAAAUUUGCUGAAUGUAUCAUUUCGUCGAUUAAUGAAACAAGACAACUGACUGUGACAAACUUCGGAAACGAAAAUAAUGCAACCGUAGAGCAAGAAAUUCAACAAACAAAAAGAAAUGCCUCCUUAAAUAUUCUAUCACGAGAAGUAUCGAAAAGUUUAUGGAAUAUUGAUUCCGUUUUUGAGGAAUACGAGAAAUUUGGA